AUCACGAAUGUUCGCUGCCGUAAAACGUCUACCGAAGAAGAAAAAGACGGAAGCUCGCAGCGCUUCAAAACAGACGGAUAAACAAGGGCGAAGACGGCUAAGUGUAAUCUGCUUAAAAUCAUUUAAAAAUGCUGAAAGAGUUAAUGAAGGAGCGACUAAUGGCGGUAGCCGAUGAAAUAUACGAGCUGUUUGAACGAACAAUGGCAUUGUACGAGGAUGAACUUUCUCGAACCAGAGACGACAAGGAGCGAUAUCGACAACAACUGGAAGCUGCUAGCAAAACUCACAUUGGGCAACAAUUUGAAGGUGGUCUCGGGUCGUGCCCUCUUUCUCCUGCCUUCAGGUGUCCAGUGAAGAGUCAGAGCGUCCAUUCCGAGUGUAUGCCCAAUCCAUUACCAUCGUCUUCUCAGGACGACGGUUACCAAGUCCUCUUGUUUGCAUCAAACGUCCAGCAGCUGACAGGUUGUCAAGAAGAACGUGCAAUUCAGUCGCAGCCGAGUUCCUCUUUAAAGCAGGACGAUCCACGGCCGCCCCACAUGAAAGAGGAAGAGGAGGAACUCUGCAUCACUGAAGAUGGCGAGUGUCUUCUUGGGCUGGAGGAGUCUGACCUCACAGCAUUGCCCCUUACUGUUGACUCCAUGAAGACUGAAGGCCACGAAGACAAAUCACACCGUUAUCCAAGUUCAAGUGAGGAAAACCGAGGGGUGGCGCCCCCAAGCAGCCGCUCACCACAACACAUGACAACAGAAGUUCAUAGUGACGGCACAAUGUCAAACUAUCCUGAGGAUGAAGACAUGGACGACGCCCAAGAACCUUUGAGCACCUGCGAAGGUGAUAUAAGGACUCAUACUGACAACCGACACUCUGAAUGCUAUAAAAAGAAGCCAGGUAAAAAACAUAUCGCCUGCUCAGUCUGUGCUAAAAGAUUCACUCUAAAGAGGAAUUUGACUCAACACAUGCGUACACACACUGGGGAAAAACCUUUUGGAUGUCCAGUUUGCGGUAAAAGAUUCUCUCGAAAUUCAAAUAUGCUGAAACACACGACAACUCACACAGGAGAGAGACCUUUUAGCUGCUCAAUUUGCGGCAGAAGAUUCUCUCAGAAGGGAGUGAUGAUAAGACACAUGCGAACGCACACUGGAGAAAGACCUUUUUGUUGCUCGAUUUGUGGUGAAAGUUAUGCUCUUAAGAUAAGUUUGACAACACACAUGCAGAGACGUCACCCGAAAAUAAGUGUUUUCUCGUCCACUUUGUGCUAAACAACUAUCGACCCAUACCAAACCUGCCUUUUUUGGGCAAAGUUUUACUAAAAGUCGUGUGCCAAUAGCUUAGUGACUGUCUCCUGAACAACAAUGUGCUUUCCAAUCAGGUUUUUUUAAAACACUUAAUUUUGUUCGACAUAACAUGAUAGUUCUUUGUUCAAACUUUCGCAUAGAGUUUGCUGUAAAAAAAACUUCUCUUCAAGCCAUUUUUUGGCUGCCUUCAAAACGGUUCGUUGUUCGAUGCAGAUGAAGUCCUCCUUACCACGUCCCCCCUACGGCAGCUUUGUUUAAUAGGUGUUUUGUUUUUUUUUGCUUUGUUUUGCUAAAGCCGUUUAGUAAUAUGGACGUGGUCGCCACUGGCCAUCUCAUUUUUACUUGACUUUUACCACAGCACAACAUUUCCGACGAUAUAGCGAGACUAGCGUUUCACCACGUUUUGUUGUCAGCGGGUGUCAGGUUCAAACACUGAUGACAUCUAUUAAACAGACAAGAAGCAAGGAAUCAUGCAGAGACAGAGUUCAAUUUAGCUCAUGAGGAGAACGCAUGGAGCUGCACACUUAGUCACAGUCUCGCCCUACGCUCUAAAGUUCAGCUCCCGCGUCCCUCUAUUUAUUCAGGAGUUCCAUUGUCAACAUCACUGAGGCCGCCUCUAAAAGGAGUGGUCACAUACACUACCGUUCAAAAGUUUGGGGUCACAUUGAAAUGUCCUUAUUUUUGAAGGAAAAGCACUGUACUUUUCAAUGAAGAUAACUUUAAACUAGUCUUAACUUUAAAGAAAUACACUCUAUACGUUGCUAAUGUGGUAAAUGACUAUACUAGCUGCAAAUGUCUGGUUUUUGGUGCAAUAUCUACAUAGGUGUAUAGAGGCCCAUUUCCAGCAACUAUCACUCCAGUGUUCUAAUGGUACAAUGUGUUUGCUCAUUGGCUCAGAAGGCUAAUUGAUGAUUAGAAAACCCUUGUGCAAUCAUGUUCACACAUCUGAAAACAGUUUAGCUCGUUACAGAAGCUACAAAACUAACCUUCCUUUGAGCAGAUUGAGUUUCUGGAGCAUCACAUUUGUGGGGUCAAUUAAACGCUCAAAAUGGCCAGAAAAAGAGAACUUUCAUCUGAAACUCAACAGUCUAUUCUUGUUCUUAGAAAUGAAGGCUAUUCCACAAAAUUGUUUGGCUGACCCCAAACUUUUGAACGGUAGUGUAUAUUAUGCAAAGCAGGUCCAGUACGCACAAUAUGUGACGGAAUGUGCUGGGCCUUGUGAUUUCCUUGUUUCUGCUUCGUCUGCGUGCUGUCGUCUUAUCUUCGUUGAGGUCCUUGAAGUCCUUGGCUGUUAGCGAGCUAAAACAAAGAUAACAUCUGCGGCUGAGGCCACCUCUCAGACAAGAAGUUUUGUCCUUGCACAGAUAGAAAAAAUGCAGCCUGAGCACAAUAGCUAAUAACGAUAGCAACGGACUUUAAGCAUACUAAAGUUGUGUGAUAAUAUAUGUACAUGAUUAUUCUAACAGCGGGGAAACACGGGGGAGAGAAAAUAAGAAAGCCCAGGUGCAGAUGUGGUACUAUACGCUGGCUAAGGUUAAACUUCUACCGGGUCUUUAUCUUUCCAAUGCCAAAUCCUG